AUGCAACCAACCACCCUCCUCCUCGCCACCCUCCUCACCCUCACCGCAACCGCCACCCCCUUCUUCCCCGUCGUAAAACCCUGGCUCGGCGGCAGCAGCGCCCCAGCGACCGCAGACUCGCCCGCCAACACGCUCACGGCGCGCGCCAACAUCCCCAACGCCCCCGCUGCCCCCAAGACUGAGCUUACGGCCGAGGAAGCAGCAGUGCUCAAGUGGUUCACGUGCUCGUACCUAUGCCAGGUGUCGGGCGACAAGAAGUGUGAUUGCGGACAGAGGGUUAAGGGGGCGAGUUUGGGCGAUGUCAUGAAGGCGUUGCAGAAUGCCAAGAUUGUGAUCAAGGAGGUUUAG